AUGAAAACUCAAAAAACGGAACUUGUUCUAUUAUUGGUAAUUUGCACUAUAAAUUGUGUAAAUAUUAGUAAAUAAGAUGGAGUGGAAGAACUGAAAGUAAAUAGAUAAUUAUGAAAUAGAUAAGAAAACUAGUUGGGGUAAGAUUGCAUGGAAUUUAAGUUAAUUGGCAUUUUCAGGUGACUCAGCAUUAAAAGAACUAGCAGAUGUUUUAACAUCAGUGGUAUAUAAAUAGGUAUCAUAAUUCCUUAGACAGAAUAAGUUAAAGAUUUGAGACAUGAUCAUGAAUUUACUAGUGAUAAAGCUAUUAAUGUUUAUGUUAGCAAAAAUGAAAAAUUAGAUUUAGGAAUAGAUGAAACAGUUACUUUUAUUGCUAGGAAUACAGAUUAUUUAGAUUCAUAAAUGCAUGAUUAUAUAGUGAGUAUAAAUAAAAGAUUAGAAAAUCUAGAUUAAAAUGUUAAAGAAAAUAGAAAAUAAUUAGAAUAUCUAACAUUCACUAGAUAAAAGGAAAAUGAAAAGUUCUUAGAUACUUGUAAUCAAUAAUAUUAAUUAUAGUAUUAUAAUAUGAACAUAUGGUUGCAUAAGUUGAUAUGUGUAUUGCCUUACUAUAGGGAAUAUUUGCUAAUGAAUAGUUCAUCUAAGUAGAUAGAGUUAAAAUUAUUACAAGAAAGAUUUUUGCUGCUACAAUGCUAAUUGGAGGAAUUGAUAUGAAAGAAUUAUUAGAAACUACUGAAUCAGCUUAAUAUACUGAUACAAGAGUACAAAAAUAUGUAUAAUAUAAAUUUAUCAUUAUCUUUUAGAUUUUAGAAGCCUUUAAUAAUUUAAGAAAAUAAUUUAUUGAUCAUAAAAAUUCAGAUAUUGCAUAUGAUGCUGAAUAAUAAAAAGAAUAUGAAGAUUAAAAACAUUAAUUAGAUGGAGAACUUUUAAUUUUCAAAAAAGAUAUUGCAGAAUUAAUAUACAAUUUAUCAGUUGCAGAGGAAAAAAUAAGAUAAAUUAAAGAUGAUAUUGAAUCAAAUAGAAAAGAUUAGGAAUUUUAUUAAAAGGAAAAAGAAUUUAUAAAUAAUGGUCGUCAAAUUGAAGAAAAAUGGAAAUCUAAAUUAAUUUAGGAAUAUAAUAAUCAAUUAUUAUCAAUAGAAAAAGCUAUGAAUUUAAUAAGCUAACCUGAUUUUUGGGCAAGAAACGAUUAAAUCAAGUUAAAUUAUUGA